GGCCCCUGCGCGGCUCCCCGCGUCCUGUGCGCCCUGCCGCCGCCGCGCGGCCCGGCCCGAGCAUGGAGACGGCGGAGAAGGAGUGCGGCGCCCUGGGCGGGCUCUUCCAGGCCAUCGUCAACGACAUGAAGAGCUCCUACCCCAUCUGGGAGGACUUCAACUCCAAGGCCACAAAGCUGCAUUCCCAGCUGAGGACUACUGUGCUGGCUGCGGUGGCUUUCUUGGAUGCCUUCCAGAAAGUGGCUGACAUGGCCACCAACACCCGAGGGGCCACGCGGGACAUUGGCUCGGCACUCACGCGCAUGUGCAUGCGCCACCGCAGCAUCGAGACCAAGCUGCGGCAGUUCACCAACGCGCUGCUGGAGAGCCUCAUCAACCCGCUGCAGGAGCGCAUUGAGGACUGGAAGAAGUCAGCCAACCAACUGGACAAGGACCACGCGAAAGAAUACAAACGAGCCCGGCAUGAGAUCAAGAAGAAGUCGUCAGACACACUGAAGCUGCAGAAAAAAGCGCGCAAAGGGAAAGGAGACCUGCAGCCCCAGCUGGACAGUGCCCUGCAGGAUGUCAAUGACAUGUACCUGCUGCUGGAGGAGACAGAGAAGCAGGCGGUGCGCCGGGCCCUGAUCGAGGAGCGUGGCCGUUUCUGCACCUUCAUCACCUUCCUGCAGCCCGUGGUGAACGGCGAGCUGACCAUGCUGGGAGAGAUCACCCACCUGCAGGGCAUCAUCGACGACCUGGUGGUGCUGACCGCAGAACCCCACAAGCUGCCUCCCGCCAGCGAGCAGGGGCUGCCUGCAGUCACUCCCAUCCAUGUCCCUGUCCAGGUGAUCAAAGACCUGAAGGGCUCGGAUUAUAGCUGGUCGUAUCAGACACCACCCUCAUCCCCCAGCAGCUCCAGCUCCCGGAAGUCCAGCAUGUGCAGUGCCCCCAGCAGCGGUAGCAGUGCCAAGGGUGGCGGAGCUCCAUGGCCUGGGGGUGCCCAAACAUACUCACCCAGUUCCACCUGUCGCUACCGCAGCCUGGCACAGCCAGCCACCACCACCGCCCGCCUCUCCAGCGUCUCCUCCCACGACUCUGGCUUCAUCUCCCAGGAUGCCACCUACUCCAAGCCCCCCUCACCCAUGCCUUCAGACAUCACCAGCCAGAAGUCCUCCAGUUCUGCGUCAUCCGAGGCCUCUGAAACCUGCCAGUCCGUUAGCGAGUGCAGCUCCCCGACCUCGGAAUGGUCCAAGGCCGGCCCCCAUGAGCAGCCCUCGGGCACCACCUUGCAGCGGAGGAAGGACCGAGUGGAACUCCUCCGAGACACAGAGCCAGGCCCCACCAGUGGGGGCACCCUGGGUCCCAGUGGAGAGGAGGCACCACGACCUCGGAUGUCCCCUGCCACCAUCGCAGCCAAGCACGGUGAGGAGGUGUCCCCGGCAGCCAGUGACCUGGCCAUGGUGCUGACCCGUGGCCUGAGCCUUGAGCACCAGAAGAGCAGCCGGGACUCGCUGCAGUACUCAAGCGGCUACAGCACUCAGACCACCACACCCUCGUGCUCCGAGGACACCAUCCCCUCCCAAGGCUCAGACUAUGACUGCUACUCUGUGAACGGGGAUGCAGACAGCGAGGGCCCGUCCGAGUUUGACAAGUCAUCCACCAUCCCACGCAACAGCAACAUCGCCCAGAACUACCGUCGCCUGAUCCAGACCAAGCGCCCAGCCUCCACCGCCGGGCUGCCCACUGCAGGGCUGCCUGCAGCCACCGGCCUGCCCUCUGGCGCACCCCCCGGCGUGGCCACCAUUCGCCGCACACCCUCCACCAAGCCCACCGUGCGCCGCACCCUGUCCAGUGCCGGCCCCAUCCCCAUCCGGCCGCCCAUCGUCCCCGUGAAGACACCCACGGUGCCCGACUCCCCAGGCUACGUGGGGCCCACGCGGGCAGGCAGCGAGGAGUGUGUGUUCUACACUGAUGAGGCCGCCUCACCCCUGGCACCAGACCUGGCCAAGGCCUCCCCAAAGAGGCUCAGCCUGCCCAACACAGCCUGGGGCAGCCCGGCCCCCCUGGAGGCGGCCAGCUACCCCGGGGCGGGGGCAGGGGCUGGGCUGGCAGCCGAGGAUGACGAGGAGCAGCAGCAGCAGCAGUUGGCCGCCAACCGCCACAGCCUGGUGGAGAAGCUCGGGGAGCUGGUGGCUGGCGCCCACGCCCUGGGCGAGGGCCAAUUCCCCUUCCCCACUGCCCUGUCAGCCACCCCCACAGAGGAGACGCCCACCCCACCCCCUGCCGCCACCAGCGACCCACCUGCCGAAGACAUGCUGGUGGCCAUCCGGCGCGGGGUCCGGCUUCGCAGGACCAUCACCAACGACAGGUCGGCGCCCCGCAUCUUAUGAUGGCGCCCCGCCCCCCUCUGGCCCCAGCAUGAGCAGGCGGCCUGGUCCCGGCCGCUCAGAGCAAAGACACAGACAGGGGAGAGAACGGAGUCAGGGAAGAGGCAAAGCCACUUUAUGGAAGGGGACACCCGCAGUGACAUCCAGCACUGAAACGGGAAGUGACUUCUUUAACAAACCUGGCCAGGAUGGAGCCUGUAGCCUUUGGACAGGUUUUGAAACCGCUUUUAUACUUUUCUUGUCUACUCUGUUCCUCCUCUUCCUGCCUGUAGGCCUUUUCCAUACCCCAGCGAGCGCCAGAGCCACGCCCCCUGCCCACGACAGUGGCCAGGCCAGCCUCACCACCAGCACCCUGGCCAAAUUCUCCAUGGGGCUGGUGGUGCCCCAGCUCUUCCUUGAACGCCAGCUCCCUCCUGUCCCCUGGCUGAGUCCCCCUCUCCUUCCCUCCUGCCUUCUCUGCCUCUCCCAGGCUCCUGUCUGUCUGGGAGGCAGGGUGGCCAUGGAGGGGUUGGGUGGCCUUGGGGGGGGGGGGCCAGGCACCCGUUUGGCUGAGGUAUCUGACUUGUGGCUGUGGGUUGGGGAAGCAGGCUGAAGUUGGGGGGCCAGACCUGCCCAUGGGGGAAGGGAGUCUCGGGGAGGUAGUCCAGGGGACCCUAAGGUGGCCCCCACCUCCCCUGUGAGGCAUGGCUGGAGUGGGGGGCGGCAGCCAAAGGUGGUCCCCCCUCCCCCGUGAGGUGUGGCUGGAGUGGGGAGCAGCACAGGGCAGCCCUUCAGGAACGGGGCAGCUGAGAAAGGCGUCAGAGGCCCAGGGGUCACCUGGCCAGCCACACAGGCACUGCAUUCAGAUGUCCAGUUCUCAUCUGGGCACAUCGAGACUUUAACUCUGGUGGCACUUUGGGGUCACAGUUUCAGCCUCCUUUGCAGCUGGGGGCUGGAGCAGUAGAGGGUGUGGGGGGUUGUAUUAUGAAUAUAAUAAAAUGGAGCUGACGCUGGACGAGGUAACGGGUACAGGGUGUAUGUCUGCGAGUGCCUAAGGGACAGGGUCCCCCACUGUGGCCUGGUGGCCCAUAGCAGGAAGAGAUAGGGGAAUUGGCUCCUCAGAAGCAGAGGAGCAUAGCCAAGCUAAGGUUGAGGGUGCCAGAGCAGGGGCAGGGAGUGAGUCUGGGAAGAUUGGCUUUGACUCUCUGUUGCCAGAGGAGAUGCCAUGCCAGGACGGUCCCCGCUGCACUCCUGGGCGGGGGCGGGGUGGAGGGUGCCCUCCCACUCCAUACACCAAGUCAGCCAAGUCUAAGCAGGUAAAAGCAUGUGAGCCUAGGGCAAGCGGAGGGUUCUUGGUGGUCCCACGGGGCAGUUGAGAGGCAGCAGGGCUCAAGGGCUUCCCUGGGGGUCGGGGCAGCUGGCUGUCCUUGGUCUUGAUGGAUGGAGUUGGUCAGAUCCUCAAGCUCGAGCUCCUGGGAGUUGUGCCAUGAGCUGGGAUCCUGGCAGGGCAACCAAGUGGGUCUGCGGAACCAAGGACGUCCCUGUGUGGACAGAGCCCCCACUGGGCUCCCUGAGGGCUGAUGGUGAAUAGCCCCUUUGAGUCACUCAGCCCACCAAGCUCAGACCAACACCAGAGCCCCAGGGGUGGGUGCCGGGAGAGCAGGCAACCAGUUUUGGGAGCCCUGGGUGGGUCUUGUGCUGCACCUUCUCCCCAGGGCUGUGUCAAGGCUUGGCCCAGGUGGGCUGAUGACACAGGAUGCAGGACGUGUGACAGGAAUGGUGUGAGGAACAGCUGCCAGGCUGUGGGUGGCCCUAGAUGCCUCGCCCUGGGGGCAGCUGCACAGGGGCGGGGCGCCCUGGGCCUCCCAGGCUGAUGGGGAGGGAGGCUGGGGCUUCCCAGGGGGUGGGUGGGUGUGGCCCAGCCCCCUUGCUCCGUCUCCCUCUCCCCUUGGAGCCCCCCAAGGGCUGUACAUACUCUCCAUCCCCUCGACCAUCCCCUUGACCACCCCCUCGCUCUCCCGUCGAUUUAGUGACCACCUCAUAGGCCCACCCCCUCGGGAUCGGAGCCAGCCAUCCCGCAUCACAGACUUUGGUUUGGGGACUUCUUUACGUUGGUUUUAUUUUUCAUUUUGUACAGAGAAAUAUUCUUUUCAAAAGCGUCUUUUGACUGAAGUAACUUUUCUGGUGCUGUUAACUUGUUCCUUUUUUUUAAUUUAUUUUCCCUCCCCAGGCUGCCCCUCCUGGUUCCUAGGCACCCCUUCUCCCCCCACCCUCCACCCCCAUUCUUCCAUCCCAUCUGAACCAUUUUCUUUUCUUUCUGUCUGUUUUUGGAUAAAUUCUCUCCUCCCUGUCCCCUCCACCCCAUCCUCCCCUUGAUUUAAGUAGUCACUGCUACAAGUAACAAAUGCACUGUGAAGAUUCCAGUAUUAAUAAAGUUGUACUGUAAUUAACA